UGCUUUUUCCAUUUCCACUGUAGACAUUUGCUGAGGACAAAGGGUUCGCAACAUGUCCCCUAAAGGGGUUUUAUUUUGACAGUUCAUACAGGAAUUGUGAUAUUUACGCUACCUGACUUCACGAAGUUUAAAAGUUAAGUAUGGGUACGUGGUAGAUAACCAUCGCUGUUUUCUUACGUAGUAUUUAGUUGUAAACUCUAGGAAAUUGAUAGGUGUUGAACAGACUCGCCGGGCACACAGUAUGGUUCCUCGGAGGCAGGAGUACGGGGUGAAAAGGAGCGGAGGAGCGCGGAGCGGCUCGGUUAUUAACUUUAGGACAACGUUGAACUCGGGCUCCGUCCGCCGCAGCUCCGCCGUGCUGCCGUCGGUGCUAACGUUCCUGGUGAUCGUAGCAUCCGGAGGCCUGCUGCUCAUGAUAGAGAAAGGAAUGCUGAACAGCAUGGAUACGCCUCCACCCCGAGGUAGCGGCAAGCGGCUGGACUUCAUCAGACAGGCCGGGAAACACAGCCCGGGUGUUGUGGACGUGGAGUCCCAGAUCCUCCAGGAGAUCCGUAACCGGACCAUCAAGACCGUGUGCAGCCAGAAGAACAUGCCCCACAGCAUCUGGUCUUUAAGCCCCCUACAGAGGAAAACACUGCUGCAGCACAUCUUGGUGAAUGACCAGUACCAUUUCCUCUACUGCUACGUCCCCAAAGUGGCCUGCUCCAACUGGAAGAGGGUCCUGAAGGUCCUGAGCGGAGCCCUGGAGAGUGUGGACGUAAACAUCAAGAUGGACCACCGCAGCGACCUGCUUUUCUUGUCCUCUCUGAAACCCGAGGAGAUCCGUUACCGCCUCAAGCACUACUUCAAGUUCAUGUUUGUUCGGGAGCCUAUGGAGCGUCUGCUCUCUGCUUACAGGAACAAAUUUGGCGAGAUCGAGUCCUAUCAGAAAAAGUAUGGUGUUGAGAUCAUAAAGAGGUACAGAAAGGGUCGUGCUAAGGACACAUCCGUGACGGGAGAUGACGUGACCUUUGCAGAGUUUGUCCGGUACUUGCUGGAUGAGGAUGUGGAGCGUAUGAACGAGCACUGGAUGCCAGUGUACAACUUGUGUCAACCCUGUGCCGUGUCCUAUGACUUCAUCGGCUCCUAUGAGCACCUGGAAAAUGAUGCAGAGUUUGUGCUCCAACGCAUCAGAGCACCUCCUUAUGUUCACUUCCCAGAGAGACAAACAUGGUACAAGCCGGUCACCACAGAGACGUUACACUAUUAUCUGUGCAGCUUACCACAGAAGCUGCUGAGGGAACUCCUGCCCAAGUACAUUUUAGACUUUUCCCUCUUCACAUAUCCACUCCCCAACACAACCACUGAACACUGCCGGCAUUAAAUGUGCAAUAUAUAGUUUGGAGAUUAUUUUGUAUAGAGAAGCAUUAGUGUUAUUUUUAUGCCUAGGGAACAUUGACAGCUGUUACAUAUUUUUACUUAAUAUAUCCUCAUAUCAUUGCAAAAAUACUGAUUAUUGGAAGAGAUGACUUGAUUUUGAAACCACUAAAGCUUGAGAUCAGCUGCAUACAAAAGAAAAAGUUACUGAAAUGUUUGUUACAUGCACUGUUACAGUAAAUGAAUCAAUUCAGUAUGCAUUGAUGCAAUGUAAAUAAGGUUACAAGACCAAACUUUGUGUUUUUACUCGUUUCUUCAUGUAGACAUUGGAGGAGAUAAAGGGUUAAUGGCUUCAGUGGGCAUUCAGUGGUUUAGCAGGCUAAAGCACAUACCAUGUACUCAGAGGGUUGUGGGGUUUAAAUCAAGCUUGUGUUUUUUUUUUGUAAGUCACAGCCUCUUUCUCAUCUGUUUCCCCAUCUUUUAUAUUUACUUUGGACUAUAUAUUAUCAAUAAAGCAAGACAUUUUGUGAUGA